ACAUAACCGGAAGUAACGUGAGAGAAGGAAACACCGGGGUAACGGUCACUGAGCGGGGCUAUAUAGCAUCUCCCCCCAAUGCUCAUGCAGGUGUGUAAAGAUGGCUGAUGAAGAACGCAAAGAGCCUCUUGGAGACCUCCUUAUGCUACAAGGAAAAGACUGGGAUGUGCCACGCGAUGAUGCUCUUAUUACCAUAUCUGAUGACUCUGACGAUGAGCUGACUACACCAACGCACAGUGAUGAAGAUGACGAUGUUGUUGUGUUAGAGGAGCACCAGCGGCUGAAGUUGUCGCGCCCUGACAUAAUUCGGCCUGCAGCCCAUUGGCACGAUAUGGAUCGUCAUCGAGAGGGCAAGUACAUGGCACCUGGUAACAGUCAUCGUCCUGGGUGCCGGAGAUCUCUCCGUAGCCAGCUUGCCACAAGCUCGUAUUCAACAAGCAAAGAGGAUGAUGUGUACCUAGCUGGCCCUUCUGGCAUCCACAGGGACCCAGACCAAGCAGGAAGGCCAUCUGUGGCUGGUACAAGUAACUCAAGAAGUUUGGAGCUUCCUUCUGUUACUAAAAGGGAACCUAUAGGUCUUAGGGUGGAGGGUGGCCAGUCAGACCGGGCACCAGAUGUGAUUUUGCAGGAUAACUCUGUACCUGAUUUAGAGGACCCAGCUCCUGAGAUUACCCACCCUGCUCACAGAAACGGACUGCCGGGUAACUACCAGCAACCUGGAGCCCAGGAUAGACUCUUACAUACUCCUGAUCAGAGGCAUCCUGUGGCUGUAGCCAGGGAGGCCCUGGACAACCUGCCAGUUCCAGCCUUUCCUAGGACUCAGCCUUUGGAAGAUGGGAUUCCUGGCCCUGCUUCCCCUCCAAUGGCUCAUCCACCCGAGGCAUUAGGAACUGGACUUGGAGGCCUUAUGGACCACAGGCAGCCAAGGGAAGUGAGGGAGCCAAAUGAGCCACAUUUCGGAGACCUUCCUGAACAAGAAGCUGCAGGACUGGAUCAUGAGCUAAUUGCACAACUGGUCACAGAGACUGAAGCCAGAUUUCCGGAUAUUAAAAAGGGCUACGUGGAGGAACUGAUUCGCUCUAACCAGUAUUAUGAUUUAAAUGUCAUUUGUAAUAUGCUUUUGGAAAGUCCAGACUACCCGAAGCAGGAAGGAGGAUUUGGUUUGCCUAAAAACAGCAUCUUGCUCACUAGCCUGGAGGAUACCAAGGCGAAUAAGGUGGACUUGUUUAAUUUUACUCAGCUGGUGCCGCUGGAUCAGCGAUGUCUGAUUCAGGCUGCUGACCUCCUCAUGGCUGAUUUUAAGAUGCUCAGUAGCCAAGAUAUUAAAUGGGCCCUGCAUGAACUGAAAGGACACUAUGCAAUCACACGGAAGGCCUUUUCAGAUGCCAUUAAGAAGUGGCAGGAGAUGUCACCAGAAGCCAGUGGGAAGCGCAAGAGAAGAAAAGAGAUGAACCAGUUCUCGUAUAUUGACUUCAAAUUUGAGCAAGGGAAUGUAAAGAUUGAGAAGCGAAUGUUCUUUCUGGAGAACAAGAGGCGCCACUGGCGGUCUUAUGACCCUAGGUCGCUGCUCCCGGAUGUAAAGAAGGAGCAGGAGUUUUAUGAACAGAAGAUGAAAGAAAUGGCAGAGCACGCUGACUUCCUCCUCGCCCUGCAGAUGAAUGAAGAGCAGUAUCAAAAGGAUGGUCAGAUGAUCGAGUGUCGGUGCUGUUACGGAGAGUUCGCCUUUGAAGAGCUGACUCAGUGCAUGGAUGGACACCUCUUCUGUAAAGAAUGCCUCGUUAAAUAUGCGCAGGAGGCCGUGUUUGGCUCUGGGCGGUCUGAGCUCAGCUGCAUGGAAGGUACCUGUACCUGUGAUUUCCCAACCAGCCAGCUGGAGAAAGUUCUUCCAGAGAAAAUCUUGUAUAAAUAUUAUGAACGCAAGGCAGAGGAAGAUAUAGCAGCAGCUUGUGCCGAUGAGCUUGUCAGGUGUCCAUCAUGCAAUUUCCCAGCUGUUCUGGACAAAGGAGUGGACAGAUUUAGCUGCCCAAACCCUCACUGCCGUAAGCUCGCGUGCGAAAGUGUCACAUAUGUGGGACUGGCCUCAUCAAAUCCGAAGGCUGCAACCGCAUGUCAUGUCGCUGUGGUGCCCAGAUGUGCUACCUGUGUCGUACUCCUAUCAACGGGUAUGACCACUUCUGCCAACACCCGCACUCUCCUGGGGCACCAUGCAGGCAGUGCACCCAGUGCUCUUUAUGGACCGAUCCCUCGCAAGACGAUGAGAGGAUAAUCCAGGAUAUACAGAGAGAGGCAGAAGAGGAUCAGCAGCGCAGGAAUGGUGAGAGAGGCAUCAAGCGGAUCGGUCCUCCUGUUGAAAUCCCCCACAAGAUAGCCAGAAUAGAAGUUAUGCCAAGGGCAGUGCCGCAAAACUUGCCUCAGCCUCAGGUCCGCCACUGCCCCUUUAUGCACCCUCCAUUUCCCCUUCCCCCUGUCCGACCUAUGUACAAUAACAUGGGGCCCUUCCCUGCCCCCUAUGUACCCCCUCUUGCCAACAUGCGCCUGAACUACAACUUCCCCCCUCUGAAUAUGGAUCUGGAGCACAAUAUGCCUAUGCACUUUGGGCCACAACCUAGGCGCCAGUAGUGGUUUGUGCACAGGGCAGCGAUUGCCAUCACAGCACUAGAAUGUCUUCCUCUUAUACAGAGACCAACACAAUGCUGUCGUAACUGUUGUAUGGAUGCUGUCUGGGGUCUGAGCCUGUGGUCUGCAUUGGAGGCCCAGUCACACUCUGCAGUCUACACUGGAGUCCCUGACACACUCUGCUGUCUGUACACAGCUUUUUUUUUCAUCUGUCUGUCUUCUCCUGCAUCAGUCAUUUUGAGCUCCACUCACUCACACACAAGUUGUGCUGAUUUCCACAUCAGGAUGUCAGAUCAAGAGCACGGGGAGGUAGAAUGUCCAACUCCCAUUUAUGGAAAUAACUCUUCUGUGGCCUUGCUCUGUUUCACAUCGGAAAGUUUCUGUGGCUCCCUGCUCCUCAUUUGAGGCGUGCGCCUCCCUGCUCCUCAUCUGUGGUGUGCGGCUCCCCUGCUCCUCAUGUGAGACGUGCGCCUCCCUGCUCCUCAUCUGAGGUGUGCGGCUCCCCUGCUCCUCAUGUGAGGCGUGCGCCUCCCUGCUCCUCAUCUGAGCCGUGCGCCUCCCUGCUCCUCAUCUGAGGCGCGCGCCUCCCUGCUCCUCAUCUGAGGCGUGCGGCUCCCCUGCUCCUCGUGUGAGGCGUGCGGCUCCCCUGCUCCUCGUGUGAGGCGUGCGGCUCCCCUGCUCCUCGUGUGAGGCGUGCGGCUCCCCUGCUCCUCGUGUGAGGCGUGCGGCUCCCCUGCUCCUCGUGUGAGGCGUGCGGCUCCCCUGCUCCUCGUGUGAGGCGUGCGGCUCCCCUGCUCCUCGUGUGAGGCGUGUGGCUCCCCUGCUCCUCGUGUGAGGCGUGCGGCUGCCCUGCUCCUCGUGUGAGGCGUGCGGCUGCCCUGCUCCUCAUUUGAGGCUUGCGGCUGCCCUGCUCCUCGUGUGAGGCGUGCGGCUGCCCUGCUCCUCGUGUGAGGCGUGCGGCUCCCCUGCUCCUCGUAUGAGGCGUGCGGCUCCCCUGCUCCUCGUAUGAGGCGUGCGGCUCCCCUGCUCCUCGUAUGAGGUGUGCGGCUCCCCUGCUCCUCGUAUGAGGUGUGCGGCUCCCCUGCUCCUCGUAUGAGGUGUGCGGCUCCCCUGCUCCUCGUGUUACAGCUGCUCAUUUCAUUGCAACUAGUUUGCUUUUACUUGUCCUGUGUUUUUAUCUUCUGUUCUGUUUGGUACCUCAUGUUAAAAAGACUAUUGUAUGAUGCAGAGACAGUUUCAUUUGCCUUAAAGGGGGAAAAAUUAUUUAGUAUUUGCACUUUGCAUUUUUUUUGUUGGGGGGGUGGGGUACUGUAUAAAAUAUUGCUGUGCAUCAGCCAUUGUAAAUAAAUCAGGGCGUUCUAAGAAAAGGAAUAAAUAUCUUCCUGUAGUUUUAAAUGUUAUUCCAGUGUUUAAGACCCAGGGUGCAAAAUGUAUAAUACGGAAAUUGAUUUUUUUUUUUUUUUUUUUUGGAAUAAAAAAAUUGUGCAUUCA